GCAGCAGGACAAUUCACGUGUAGGUCAGCCAGGGACUUUAUUUACCUCCUCACAGCCGGUUAAUCUAGAGCAGUGUGACGAGCUUUUAUCUUCACGAAAGUCAAGGUUUCUUCGCCUCUGUUUUUUUAAACAGCAGAGAUGAAACACAGCCACUGCGUCCCAGCUUUUGUCAGCAAACUCUGGACACUUGUAGAGGCUCCGUCAACAAACAACCUGAUCUCCUGGAGCCAAGAUGGCGGCAGUUUUCUUGUCCAGGACGAGCAGCGGUUUAGCAAGGAAGUCCUGCCUCUUUACUUCAAACAUAGUAACAUGACCAGCUUUGUGCGCCAGCUCAACAUGUAUGGCUUUCACAAAGUGGUACAUAUGGAUGCUGGCUUGCCUAAAGCUGACGGGCAGGUGAAUUGUGUCGAGUUUCAGCACGAGAACUUCCGGAGAGCUCAACCUCAUCUGUUGGGCCUCAUCCGCAGGAAGGUUUCAGUUAGCCGUGGAGUUGAAGAGGGUGGGCAGGUGUCUCAGGUACUCAUUCAGGUUAGUCAUGUCAGAGGCUGGCAAGACUCCUCAGACCUCAAACUCAUGGCUUUGUGCAGGGACAAUGAGAGCUUGUGGAGAGAGCUGGACUCGCUAAGACAGAACUAUCAGCAGCAGCACAAAAUCUUACGCAAGAUUAUAAAGUUCAUCAUCAACAUCGUCCAGUCAAAUGGAAUAAAAGGAUGCAAAAGAAAACUCCCCAUGAUCGACAAUACUGGGGAGUUUCAGUCAGCGCCGAAAUACGCCCGUUCUUUUAGUAUGAAUCCAAUCCUUACCACUUCCCCCCUCCAGGAGAUCCCUUCGCUGCAAGAGCUGGAUGUGUCAUCAGCUGAUGUGUACUCAAAUGGCAUGAUCAUUUCUGACAUCACCCACCUGCUGGAUCCCACAACUGAGCCUAGCAGGGAGUCAGUGACAGAAACUCUUCCCGCAACUCACAGCACAUUUUUAGCUCCCGCCUCCCCGACUCUGCCCUCCAUGGAGCUAGCAUUGACUUUGCUGGAUGACCCAGCUGCCCAGGAGUCUGAGGAAAUACUCUUGGAAAGAAAUGAUGUGUCUGAUCCAUUGGCGCUUAUCAACUCCAGUUUAGCAGCGAUCCGUUCAUGCUCCCCACCCUCACCAGACCUGGACAAUUUCAGCAAGAUCUUUAGUCCUGGCUGCCACAUCUCUGCUGUUAAAGACUCCGACACAACAGCCGAGAUCAAACAGAGAAGCCAGAAUGAAGCCGACGCGUUACCUCACGCCGACACAGUUACACAGCAGCAGAGCCUGCAACAAAAUGCAGAUCUGGAGCAGGAGCACUAUGAUAGUGGAGAGUAUUCGGAUAUCUUGCCAUCCCUUCUACAACUGGCACAGGAAGCGUCCAGCCUCUCCUUCAGUAACACUACACUGCCUUUAGAGCUGCCAUUUGUCAUUUAAAACUCUAAUGCAUUUUACAUUGUGAUAUCUGAAACAGCCAAUAGUUGGUUGUUCUGCCAUUUAAUGAAAGGCUCAGUAUCAUUAUUCAGGGAUUUAAUAUAUCUCAAGUGUAAUUUUCCAUCGUGUUCUGUUUUUAUCCAACAGUCUUGUUGACUCAAGAUUGAUUUCACGACUUUUAGUCUAUUAGCACAAUUGAUCAUAUAGGGUAAUGCAGUAGACCAAAAUGGUGCACUCUGAAUCAUCUGUUUUAUUCCGCAUAUGAUGGAAAAUGUUCUGUUAAUGCAACCUCUGCAUUGGGUGCAGUUUUAAAGUCAGCAUUUUUGUGUGGGAGGCUUGCCAUGAUGGGCAUUAAAGGUUUUAUUUAGCAGAAAAUCUGCUGCAUAUUCAAUGUGUAAAUCAGUAAUAGCUUUUAUUUGCCAGAUAGUACUAACAUGGCAAUUAAACGUUACUUAAGUGCAUGAUAUGCUAUUGAUACACUAUAUAUAUAUAUAUAUAUAUAUAUAUAUAUAUAUAUAAAA